AUGAAUUUAUACUUAGAAUAAGCGGCGGAAGAGAUUGAAUAAGCUAUUUCUGAUGCUGAUCAACUGCUAGCCUUGAGUAAAGCUACUAUUCAGAAAUUUACGAAUUACCUAAAAAGAAAAUAAUAAGAAAAGAUGGAUCGAAGAUUUCAUCUUAAUACUACUAUGGAUGAAUCUAAUAGUAUGAAAUAAUUAGACAAACAUUAAUUGAACCAACUCAAAAUACUAGAAUUCUUCAAUAAAGCUCAUAAGGAUAUUGAUAAAUAAUUAAGAGAAUUAAAGGAAAUGAUUCCCUCCAAUCCACAAACCUUCAUCAUAGAGGACAUUAAUGACCAGGAAUACAUAAACAAAUAAACAGAAUAAAAAUAACUAUAAAAGGGCAUCCCUUAAGAGACAAAGUAUUUUCCUAUUUUUAAACAAGCUUAAAAUGGAGGGCAAAAAAAUUAAAACUCUCUAAACCUUAAUUAACAUAACUAAAUAACCAAUUAAAUAAAUAGUCAGCCGUAAUAAUCAUAGUAAAAUUUAUUAGUGUUUCAAUAAUAAUAGGUCACCCCAUAAUAAAAAGAAAACAAUUAAUUAAAAAUUCAAAGUGCUCCUCAAUUAGAUUUAUAAUGUGAUAAUUAAAAAUCUAAAUUGAAACAGACUAAAGAGAAUAAAGAUAAUAAGGAUUAAAUCAUAACCUUUGGGCGUUUACAGAAGUUUUCUUAUUAAAAAUUAUUGUAUCCUAAAAAAGACGAUGGAAAUUGUAUUUUCUGUGGUUUAGAAGCCAAUGACUCUAAUCUAGGUCCUCUUUUGUAGAUACCCUCAAACCGAAAUCCAAAUGAAAAAUUUGAUUUACAUGAAAUGUGUGGAUUGUGGAGUUAAAAUUUAGUGUUUUUCAACAAAUAAGGAUAAUGCGAUCCUAGUAAUAUAGAUGAUGAAGUUGAUAAAUCAAAAUAGACUGUAAUUAAUUCUAUCUAUAUUAGAAAUGUUUCUUGUGCAGUAGAACUGGAGCUACCGUGUGCUGUGCAGUAUGUCCAGAGGCAUUUCAUUUCACCUGUCUCAUGAAAAGCUCUUCAACUGGUAUAUAUCAUUAUCAAAAUUAAGGAAAAUUGGUGGAAAGCCAAUUUAAGUUCUUUUGCGACAUACAUAAAAAGAAGGCUUAAAAUGAGAAAACUUCAAGUGAAGAGAAUAGUCAAAUUAAGAGACCCAAGAAAACUUGCUACAAACUUAAUCAAUCCAAAGCUCUCAUUAAGACAAGUCCAAAGAGAAGUCCAAGAAGAAGUCCUAAAAGAUUUAAAUCACCGUCGUCUAAAUAAAUUAAGAUAUCUAAAUGUAUCAUACCAAAGGAUGAUAAAGAUGUACACUAAAACAAUUUGUAAGAUUUGAUGUCUCAAUUAUUAAAAUAAUAUGAGACUACAUAACAAUAAAAUUCCUCAUUAAUUUAAGAAUCUGAUUUGAAAUUGGAAGCAUGA